UGCGCACCUGCAAUUUCCUGUACAUAUUUUGGGAAAGGACUGUUGAAAUACGUCAAAAACACCUUCAAUUCCGUCCAAUUCAAAGGUGGUUGUAGGCCAUGGAGCCUAUGGAACAGGAGGAGCCUCUCCAGCAAGCCACAGUAUACCAGAGGGACAGUGUAUAUGGUCGACUUGAAAACUUCGAAAUUGACAAAAAAAUUGGCAAGGGUCAAUUUUCUGAGGUUUAUCGAGCACGCUGUAAGGUUGAUGGAAGUGUUGUAGCUUUGAAAAAAGUUCAGAUAUUUGAAAUGAUGGACGCAAAAGCAAGACAGGAUUGUAUAAAAGAGAUUGAUCUGUUGAAACAACUUAACCAUCCAAAUGUGAUAAAAUACCUUUCGUCUUUCAUAGAAAAUAAUGAGCUUAAUAUUGUCCUAGAAUUGGCAGAUGCAGGAGAUCUGUCUCGUAUGAUAAAGCAUUUCAAGAAACAGAACAGAUUGAUUCCAGAGAAGACAAUAUGGAAGUACUUUAUACAGAUAUGUGGAGCUUUGGAACACAUGCACUCCCGGCGAAUCAUGCACAGAGAUAUAAAACCAGCCAAUGUGUUUAUUACGGCACAGGGCAGAGUAAAACUUGGUGACCUUGGAUUGGGUCGCUUCUUCAGCUCAAAAACGACGGCUGCUCAUUCCCUAGUUGGAACACCCUACUAUAUGUCUCCAGAAAGGAUCCACGAGACUGGCUAUAACUUUAAGUCUGACAUGUGGUCCUUGGGAUGUCUAUUGUAUGAGAUGGCAGCUUUGCAGUCCCCUUUCUAUGGAGACAAGAUGAACUUGUACUCGCUUUGUAAAAAGAUCGACCAGUGUGACUACCCACCUUUGCCAGCCGACUGGUACUCAGAAGAUCUGAGGAACCUGAUUGCCAUUUGUAUCAACCCUAAGCCAGAGCAGCGACCUGACAUCACCUACGUUAAUCAGGUGGCACAGAUGAUGCACCAACGUCAUAGUCAGGCCACACCUACCACACCCCAUGCCCAGCAUCCACAUCACCCCCACCUCCAGCAGCCCCCGCAACAAACACAGUUCCCCCAGCAACCAGCCAUGGUUGCCCAGCAACCACAGGUACCACAGCAACAGAUACCCCAGCAACCACCACAGCAACCUCAACAGGAGCAAGUUGUCUAAAACCAGGAAGGAUACAUGUCAUAUUCAAAACCAUAUUUAAAUUCGAAGGAGCAGUAUUGACUUUCCAUUUUAACAGUUUAGGCUCAUUUGACAUUAUUAUACAUAUCCUACUAUGUAGUGGGGAUUUAUUUAACAAUCUUACAAAUUUUCUCACUGUUGUUAUACUUUAAAAAUGGUAAAAACCUGUUGAACACCUAAAAUCAUUGCUACA